CUCUGCUCGUUCGCUCCGCCACUGCCGUGCGAAAUUUAUUAAAGACGAUUAAUACAAGGUGACAUACCGAUACAUUCGGGCGUUGAAUGACGGGGUGAAAUCUCUCGCGGCGAGUACUUAAUACCGAAGUUCUUGCAAUUGCACCGCUCGUCGUCGCUUCUUUUACUCGCUAUAUUUAAGGUACGGACUGCGCUCAUUGUGGAUAAUUAAGAUAUUUAUUUAGGAUCUUUUUAUAAUUAAUUAAAAUACUUGUAUUUUAAUUUUAAUUAAAGUAUUCACAUUUUAAUUUUUUUAUUUGUAUUUUAAUUAAGUACAUAAUAUAUGGAUUUUAUAGGCGCUGUAUCGUGCAACUGUUUGCAUAAUUUUCUAGCUCUUGUAUCUAUUCAAAAUUACACCUUAGCUUUACUAAAUAACUGUGAUAUUUAGGAUAAUCGAUAAAGGGAAAGCCCGAAAUCGCGCGUCACGAUGGAAGCGAUUAAGAAGAAAAUCGCGGCGUUGAAGCUCGAGAUGGACGCCGCGAACGAGAAGGUUGAAGUCAAUGAGACGAAAGCGAAACAGGAGAAUAUAAGAGCAGACAGGUUGAAUGAUGACCUCAGGGAUCUGCAGAAACGAUUGACCCAAUUGGAACGAGAUUAUACUGUCGCCAAAGCUAACUUGGAGCAAUCAACCGCUGAUCUAGAGCAGUGCGAAAAAUCUUGGUCCAAAGCUGAGCAAGAUCGUACAGUUUUGACGAAGAAAGUCCAGGAGAUCGAAGCAAGUCUUACCAAAAAGGAGGAGCUGCGUCUUUCCGCCACGAUUAAGCUAGCACGUGCCACCGAACUCGCCGAUGACGCGCAGAGAAUGUGUAAUGUCCUGGCGGACAGGAGUCGCUUGGACGAGGAACGUAUGGAAAAGCUGAUGUCGGAAUUAAAGGACGCGAGAUUAAUCGCCGAAGACGCCGACGCGAAAUCCGACGAGAUAUCCAAGAAAUUGCAGUUCGUGGAGGAGGAGCUGGAAGCCGCUGAAGAAAGAGUGAAGACUAGUGAGGCAAAAAUCAUAGAGCGCGAAGAUGAACUCUUCAUCGUGCAGAAUAUCGUGAAGUCCCUCGAAGUGUCGGAGGAGAAGGCGAAUCAACGGGUAGAAGACUUUAAGGUGCAGCUAAAGUCCCUGAAGAAGAAACUGAAGGAGGCGGAGAAGCGCGCAAUUACCGCCGAAAGGACAGUCAAGAGGCUACAAAAGGAAGUGGACAUGAAGGAAGACGAGCUCAGGGAGGAGAAGGAAAAGUACAAGGCGGUCUGCGACGACAUGGACGCGACGUUCGCCGAGAUGACAGGAUAUUAAAGUCCUGCGGGCGGACACGAUAUGAAUCUCGCUGCUACUCCUGCUACGCUUCCCUCCGCUUAUUCGCUAUCUUUUAUUAUGUUUAUUAGUUCGGCUCUCGAUGUGCUUAAAUGCCGCUUAAAUCGCCUUGCCGAUUCAUUUUGUCGUACGGGUGCCGUGAGCGAUAAUAGAAAUAACCCGCUUCGCGCAACAAUCCAUUGACAUGGACAAGGCAAUGCAAUGCAGCUUGUUAUAAUAACGGCUAUAAUUGCUUCGCUUCGCUUGCAACACCUUGCCAAGAUAGGGCAACUGGUUCACGGUCGCCCGUUGCUUCGCUGUGCCGAUCGAAGAUUCACGAUUCAUUUCUCUUUUUCUUUCAGAGACGCGUUGGAGGGAUUUAAUGUCGUCUCGCACGAGCGAGACCACACGAUAUCUCGCGCUUCCUUUUUAUCAUUUAAUGUAAAAUCUGUAUUUUCAAUAAACGGUAUCACAAAUUCUCUAA